CUUCUCGUUUUCAAAGCCCUAGCACCUCAAAAACCCUUUUAAAUUUUUUCUUUCUUCCCGUAAGGCAAAUCGUUAAAUCGUUUUCAGCCUCCUCUACAAUGAAGCUCGUCCGGUUUUUGAUGAAGCUGAAUAAUGAAACGGUUUCGAUAGAACUCAAAAAUGGAACUGUUGUUCAUGGCACUAUUACAGGUGUGGAUAUCAGUAUGAAUACACAUUUGAAAACGGUUAAAAUGACUCUCAAGGGGAAAAAUCCAGUGACCUUAGAUCACCUAAGUGUCAGGGGCAACAACAUUCGCUACUACAUUCUGCCUGACAGUUUAAAUCUCGAGACUCUUCUGGUUGAGGAAACACCCAGGGUCAAACCAAAGAAACCAACUGCAGGGAAAGCGAUUGGACGUGGAAGAGGCCGUGGACGCGGGCGUGGUCGUGGCCGAGGCCGUUAGUUAUCUGAGAUUGUUGUUAUGUCUGAUUAUGUAAACAAGCUGUAUCGUUGGAGAAUUAUUGUGAUGAUGUUCUGAAUAUGGAUAUGAUCGUUUUGCUAGUUA